CUCCAACAACACCGUCGGCGUUCCGACAUAUUCCGUUCCGUCCUCACCCUGUACCGGUCGCAAAAAUGGCUCCUCCUUCUGGUGCCAUCCCGCCAGAACUCCCUCCCUCCGUCGAAGCAGCCUAUCGCAAGAAAUGCAUUCAACUCAAGCAACGAAUGAAUGAGGUCGAGGAAGCCAACGAUGCCGCACGCCAACGCCUUGCGCGCCUCAAUCGAUCCGUUCAAAAGCUCCGCCUUGAGCGUGCCUUUCUCCUUGAACAACUGGCAAAGCGCACAAGCACGAAUGUCGAGGAUUCCGAGGGAAGCCCAAGUCCGCCUCCAACUCCCAAGGAAAAGCCUCUCCGAACCAAGCGUGGCCACCGCAAGCCUGACUUUCUUACUUCUGACAUUGGUGAUGGCCGCACAGGCACCGCAUUUAUUCAACAAGGCCCGGUCACUCUGUCUCCCUCCUCUGACGCAUUCUCGCAUACUCACCCAGAUGUCCUCCGCAACUCCACACCACAAGCACAAGUCCAACCUUCAAAGCGCCAACUCCCCAGCAACGGCACUCAUGCAACUCCGACUAUUUCCGCAUCCACGCCAUCUCAACCGCGCCGUAUCAAGAGCGGAUUCGACCUCUAUUGCAACGAAACCCGACCCCUCUUGGCCAGUGAACAUAAGAAGGAGAUCGCGGAAGGCACAUUCAACGUCGAGAACUUCUUGGCUGCAGGCUGGAGUGGUCUAGAUGAGCCUACCAAGAGUUCGUUCUUGCAACGAUUUGACGCACUCAAGAAACAGCUCGAGGUUGAGAAGGAAGCUGGCUCCACUGGUCCAAGACAAACUGUAUUCGAUGCAGCCCCCGGACACGCAGAUGAGGAUGUUGAGAUGGGUGAUGAUGCCACUGAUGCUGGAACUCCAAGCGUUGCUGGUGAGAGUGGUGGAUUCACGGCAGUCAAUCGAACCUAGUGGUCAGUAUCUGGGACCUGUAAUGGUAUGGAAUUGGCGCAUUUGAGACUUGGGGGAGUUAUGGAUCAUAUUCGGAGCGAUGAUACACAUGCAUUGGGCUCUUUUCGUGUACAAUAGUGGUCAUUUCGGGCUGGGAAAAAAGGUGAGAAUGGGUGAUCUUCUUUGCUUCGCGACGCGAAUUUCACGCUGAGGAAUAUGGCCCCUUCAUCAAGCAAUGAGAAAUGAACAAACACAGAAGAACGAAAUGUCUUCGGACUAGUGGCCCAACUUCAUUCGAGGCUCGUCAAGGACCAAGCCAACGUCUC